AUGACCACGGAUCGCGGCGCUGGAUGCAUCCGUUGGUCGCUCUACCGAGACGCGGCGUGCUCGGAGACAGCUUGUUUGUUGAGCGGAAGCCUCCCUGUUGAUCAGGUGCGGUGUGCGCAGCCUCAAACGCUCCCGAACUCUCCUGACAGCGCUGCAAACUCGACGCUUUUCGCGCUGGAUUCGACUGGGAUUCAGCUCGUUCCGGAGCUCCAGCAGCGUCUGCAGUGCCUUCUGGACCGGGAACAAGGUGUCAGGAGUGACAGCAAUGAAGCUUCAAUGUACUUAGGCAACGACGCGGUCCCCGUCGCCGUGGGAGAUCUCACUUUAGGCUCCAGGGCUGCAGAAUUGGGCGAACAGGAAGGUGGAUGGUUCUCGUGGAAGUUGGCGCGGGCGGGGGAGUACCGAGCGCGCGGGAACGAGGCCUUCAAGCAGGAGCACUACAGCGCGGCCGUGCGGCUCUACAAGCGAGCGUUGGCGUGGCUCGAGCCGCCGAUCUUGCGGUCGGACGCCACUCUGGACGCGAAGGUCGAGUACUCGGUGGAGGAGCUGCAGCUCGUGAACCCUGUGGCUGUCGCGUGCUACGCCAACAUGGCUACAUGCUAUUCGAAGCUGGACGGCGACGGAGACGUGGAUCGCUGCAUCGCUGCGGCGUCGAGCGCGCUGGACCUGGAUGCCUCGCACGUUAAGGCUCGCUACCGUCGCAGUCAGGCUUAUGUGUCGUCCAAGGAGUUUGAACUAGCGGUGGCUGAUCUCACCAAGCUGCGCGAGCUUGAGCCGGACAACAAGUUGUUCCGAUCUGCGUUGACGCGCGCUCAAGCAGCCAGGACGCAGCUCCGCAAGAAGCAGCAGAACGCCUUCGCGAACCUCUUUGACAAGUAG